UUCACUUUCAGCGGGACGCCGUUGAUCCAGAUCUUGAAGAUGCCUCGCUCGUUUCUGGUGAAGAGAAAACAGGCGGCGUGUGCCGGGUGGCAGUGGAGAGAAUCUGACACCUGCACGACUCCAAACACAGAAGAUGUGCAGACACACUGUGACGCUGGUCUGGAGUCCGAGCCUGACGUCCCUCAGCCCAUCCACAAACACACAUCUGCUGCUCUGGAGUCAGUGCGGGCCUCUCGUUCGGUUGAUUAUGGGAUGGAGAGAGUUCACGCUCAGCCGCUGCAUCAAAGCUCUCGUCUGUCGCCUCCAUUAACAUCGCCUCCUCAGAACAAAGUGCGUGAAUCGGGUGGAUCUUCAGAGUUUCUGUGUUCUGUGUGUCAUAAAGUGUUUCCUUUGCAGCGCAUGCUAACCCGUCACCUGAAGUGUCACAGUAUGAUUAAACGACACCCGUGCAGGUACUGCGGUAAAGGCUUCAACGACACCUUUGACCUGAAGAGACACAUGCGAACACACACAGGUAUCCGUCCGUACAGGUGCGAGCUGUGUGACAAAGCGUUCACGCAGCGAUGCUCACUGGAGUCUCACCUGCGUAAGAUCCACGGCGUGCGGCAGCAGUACGCGUACCGUCAGCGACGCUCCAAGAUCUUCGUGUGUGAGGACUGCGGCUUCACCUCGAACCGACCGGACGAAUAUUUCAUGCACGUGCGACAGCAGCAUCCGGGCAGUCCGGCGCUGCGCCGUUAUUACCGCAAACACAUGCUCGAGAGUCCCGCGCAACACGGCAUCAGCCCCUUCGUGCUCUACCCGCCGGCGGGGAUCUACAUGUGAACGCGCGCGCGAGCCCGCUGUCAGGAGCGUUGACCGUGUCGUCACGGCUGAACUGUGAUGAAAGAGUUAAAGGUUCUUCUGGACAGCAGCAAAGAUGAAGAAGAUGCGACCGGAAGUGCCUGACAGACACACAUACACUAGUGAUGUCCGCACUGGAACAAAUGACUUAUAAAAGAUUUAAUGUGUAGCUUUGAGAAGAUUUCAAGACACACUACACAACACACGAGCAAAAGAGUCAGAAGAAUGACUGAUGUAGACAAAAACAAUUUGAUCAAGCCUAAUGUUCGCUUUACUUUCAGCUUUGUGCGUUAUUUGAGUUGUUAGAAUAAGCCAUAUUUCCACAUAUGGUGUCAUUUGCCAUUGCUGUUUAUUACCUUUGUCAAAUAAAUACUUUCGCAAGUU